AUGGCUACAACGGCAGACAGCAAAGUGGCUGACCUGGAGAAGGAGACGGUCGAGGUCCAGAAAGGUGACCACCAGACUACGGAUUAUGGGAUCAAGAUAUCUGAUCCGGAUCACUGGCUUCGCUUCGUGGAUGGAUCUCACAAUGGGCCGAGUUUACUGGAAGACCAGAUAGCGAGGGAAAAGAUUAUGCGAUUUGACCAUGAACGUAUUCCCGAGCGAGUCGUCCACGCCCGUGGAACCGGUGCGUUUGGAACGUUCAGGCUGUUUGAGAGCGCCGGGGAUGUCACCAGCGCUGGUGUCUUGAAUGAUACUUCGCGUGAGACGCCGGUGUUUCUGCGUUUCUCGACGGUGCAGGGGAGCAAGGGCAGCGCAGACACUGUCCGAGAUGUCCGUGGAUUUGCAGUCAAAAUGUACACCUCUGAAGGGAACUGGGAUAUUGUGGGCAACAACAUCCCCGUCUUUUUUAUCCAGGAUGCGAUCAAGUUUCCGGAUGUGGUUCAUUCAGUGAAGCCGGAGCCGCAUAAUGAGGUUCCGCAGGGUCAAACUGCGCACAAUAAUUUCUGGGAUUUUGCGUAUCUUCAUUCGGAGGCGACGCAUAUGCUCCAAUGGAUCAUGUCUGAUCGUGCUAUUCCUCGAUCGUAUCGGAUGAUGCAGGGAUUUGGUGUUAACACAUAUAGCUUGGUGAAUGUGCAGGGCAAGCGGCAUUUUGUCAAGUUCAUCUUCACUCCUGAGCUAGGUGUGCACUCUUUGGUUUGGGAUGAAGCUUUGAAGAUUGGCGGUCAGGACCCUGAUUUCCACCGCAAGGAUCUGAUGGACGCCAUUGAUGCCGGCCAGUUUCCGAAAUGGAAGUUUGGCUUGCAGUUGAUCCCCGAAGAGAAGCAGGAUGACUUUGAAUUUGACAUCCUUGACGCAACCAAGGUCUGGCCAGAGGAGCUGGUGCCCAUCCGAUACAUUGGUGAGCUGGAGCUCAACCGUAAUGUGGAUGAGUUCUUCCCACAGACAGAGCAGGUGGCCUUCUGCACCAGCCACGUCGUGCCUGGCAUCGACUUUUCAAACGAUCCUCUCCUCCAGGGCCGAAACUUUUCUUACUUUGACACGCAGAUCUCGCGUCUUGGUCCCAACUGGGAGGAAUUGCCAAUUAACCGGCCCGUAUGCCCGUAUAUGAGCCUGGUGAAUCGCGACGGCGCAAUGAGACACCGCAUCACCAAGGGCAAGGUCAACUACUGGCCCAACCGAUUUGAGGCGAACCCCCCAGCUACUCAGGCCGAGGGCGGAUUUACCUCAUACCCUGAGAAACACCAGGCCGUCAAAUCUCGCGACCUGUCGUCCAAGUUCAAGGAGCACUUCAACCAGGCCCAGCUUUUUUACAAUUCCCUCUCUGACAUCGAGAAGGCCCACGUAGCCAAGGCCUAUUCAUUCGAGCUAGACCACUGCGACGAAAACAUCGUCUACUCGCGUAUCUCGGACCGCCUUUCCGUCGUGGACCUCAACCUAGCACAGACCGUUGCAAAGAAUGUAGGCGGCAAGACCGUCCCCACCAAGCCAGCUAAAGAAAACAAAGGCCUCAAAGCCAAAGGCCUCAGUCAACUCGAGUACCAGCCCAAGACACCCACCAUCGCAACCCGACGCAUCGCCAUCCUCCUCGCCGACGGCUUCGACAACGCCGCCUACAACGGCAUGAAGCAGACCCUGCAGAAGCAGAACGCCUUCGUUUUCACCAUCGGCUCACAGCGGAAAGGCGUUACAGCCGAGUCAGGUGAGGUUGUCAUUCCCGACCACCACUUCCCGGGUAUGCGGUCGACCCUUUUUGACGCGACCUUCGUCCCUGGCGGUAAACAUAUUGCUACGCUUAGCAAGAACGGUAUCGCCAAGCAUUGGAUUGCCGAGUCAUUUGCGCAUCUCAAGCCCGUUGCUGGGCUGAAUGAGGCGGUGCCUUUUAUCGCGAAGCAGAUUGCCCUCGACCAGGUCAAGGUUGCUUCUGGUAAGGGCGUUGCGGAGAGCUAUGGCGUUGUUACUGCCCUAGGCGUGUCUGCGUCAGAGGCAGUCAGGGUGUCCAAGGUUGAAAAGGAUGCAAGUGGAUUCGCAGAAAAGUUCAUCUGGGAGGUUUCGAAACAUCGGAACUGGCAGAGAGAACUGGAUGGUUUGGUUGAUGAAGUUGCUGCUUAA